AUGAAUUCAUUCUUGUUUUACGAUCCUAACUUCCUUCUUCAAUAAUAGCUCUUGUUUCAACAAUUAGUCCAAUAUAAUACCAUGUUCGCUUUAAGAAAUGCUUAUUCCAUGUCACAAUCAUUAAGUCCCUAAAUUUAGCCAAAAUCUCCUUAGGAAUGUCAUACUAUUGAUCAAAAUACCGUAAAGAAUGAUGAAACCAUUGAUGACUAAAGCUCAUUUGAACUUUCUAAAAGUAACAAAAUAAAAAAACUUAUCAAAAAAACUAAAGAAACAAAGUCAAAUGCCAAUAAUACAUCUGUAAAAAACCAAAAAAAAAAGAUAUUUCUUUCAAUGAAAGACAUUAAGGAUGUCCAAUAUAAAAAAUUUAAACUAGUUCAAGAAGAACAGAUUCAAGAAGAUGUAAAAAAUCCAGAGGAGAAGAAAUGA